UCUCUCUCUCAAAGUAGCUCUUUGUUCGUGCGUAGUCUGGUCUGCUAUGCAGAGAGAGAAAAAGCUCUUGAGCGCUCCUUGAUUCCGACCAGCUGUUUCCCGCCUCGAGACACGGAGAUCAGCUGCAAACACACACGUAGUAGUAGGCGGAGGCGCCACACGCACGCAGGGAAAUCCGCAUCAGCUGGAGCCACACACAGUUAGCUUAGCUAGCCUUUUAGCUACAACCUCGAACGAUCAAUAAUACUUAGCUAUGUGCAAUCGAACAUAGUACUGGAGUGUAUUUUUUUUACGGCAAGGAAAUUGGAAAAUAGCCUCAAAACACAGAACAGACUCAAGGGGUUACAGCUGAAGAUAUCUAACGUUAACUAUCUAGGUAGCUAAAGCAUGGAAUACUUCAUGAUGCCUACGGAGAAGGCUUUACAACAAUUCAAGAAAUCGGAGAAGGAUGUUAUUGGAGGGCUUUGUAGUCUGGCCAACAUCCCUCUCAGCCCAGAGACUGCUCAGGACCAGGAGAGGCGUAUCCGCCGGGAGAUCGCCAAUAGUAACGAACGGCGCCGCAUGCAGAGUAUCAACGCAGGGUUCCAGUCGCUGAAAACACUGCUGCCACACACAGACGGAGAGAAACUCAGCAAGGCUGCCAUCCUACAGCAGACGUCUGACUACAUCUUUGCUCUGGAGCAGGAGAAGACCCAGCUACUGCAGCAGAACAAUCAGCUCAAGCGCUUCAUACAGGAGUUCAGUGGUUCCUCCCCAAAGAGGAGGCGUGGGGGGGAGGAGAAGGAUGAAGGGAUCGGCUCCCCAGACAUUCUGGAGGAGGAGAAAGCCGAGGAGCUGAGGAGAGAGAUGUUGGAGCUCAGACAACAGUUGGACAAGGAGCGCUCGGCGAGGAUGAUACUGGAGGAACAGGUGCGUUCUCUGGACAUGGUGCUGCACCCAGAGAGGCUGAAGGUGAUCACCCAGCAGGUCCAGGAGGAGCAGGCUCACAUCCAGACCCAGACCUUACUGAGGCUACAGCAGCUCCACUCAGAGACCAGCGCAGAGAGGGACAGACACACAGCACACAGCCCACAGGUGCGGUCCCCUGCCCGAGCCCCCACCCACCACCCCACAGUCAUCGUCCCCGCCCCCACGCUAACCCCCCACCCGCAUCACGUCACCGUGGUUACCAUGAGCCCAGCCUCCAACACCAGCACAGUGUCAACGUCCCGGCAGAACCUGGAUACCAUCGUACAGGCCAUCCAGCACAUAGAGCGUACCCAGGAGAGGAGGGGCAGUGCUGAGGAUGAGAGGAGACGAGCAGUCAUCGUCAGCCCCGCCCACGUCGCCAUGGAUACCGCCGGCUCUGACACGGCCUCCGACAGCGAGGGAGAGGAGGACUGUUCCAUGAACUAACACACAGAGAUACACACACAUACCGUGUUCUCUUCACAGUUUCAGACAGCAAGAGCCAAGGCUGCUCAAUGAACUGUUAGCUACCACAGACACACACACUGAUACACACACACACACACACCGAUACAUAUAUACACACACACUGAUACAUACUGUAUAAACACACACAACGUGUUCUCUCCAGACAGUUUGACAGCAAGGGAGAGGACUGCUUGAUGAACUGUUCGCUGCACACACACACACACACACACUGAUACAAACACAUUCAGACAGCAUCUUGACUGGUAGAGUGAAAAAAUGACACUUGUUCUACUAAAAUCCAAAUUCAAUCUCAAACCAGUGACAAACAAAUGGAACACACACACGUUAGCGAUACCCACCCACUGUAGAAGACGGUCACAAAGAUUCCCUCCAGACGCCUGACUACUUUUUGAUAUGUUUCUUUUUUUAAUCUGUCUUUGGCAUUAUAAUUAUCAUAGAGCAACCCAGUAGUUAUGAUAAGCUUUGUUCAGAUCGUGUACUUUUAAAUCACAGGUGAAGAAGUUGGCUCAAUAUGGCCGCCGUGGGAUACAUUCAUAUGCAUGAAAUUGCAUCCUUAUGUAGUGCACUACUUUAGACCAAGGCCCAUAGGGUUGCCACAUGGUCAAUAGUAAUGCACUAUAUAUGGG